CUAAAAACGCAUCGCGGGGUCGGACAAAACCCGCCCCGCUGCGACUAGAAAAAAAGUUACUCGACUGCCCUCUGGCAUUCGUUCGUCGGCUCUCGAUCUGUUGUUGCAAUCGUCGAUUUCCCGGUGUGUCAGCGAGAAACCGUAUUCUACAAAAUGCUCCAAGAAAGCCUGCGUGUCCUCGUCGUCGGUAAUGGCGGUCGGGAGCACGCCUAUGCUUGGAGAUUGAGUCAAUCCCCGCAAGUCGACGUCGUCUAUGUUGCUCCAGGAAACGGUGGUACUGGUCUCGGUGCCUCCGAAAAGAUCCAGAAUGUGAAUGUCAAGGGAGACGACUAUCCGGGUCUUGUCUCCUUUGCCCAGAAGAACAAUGUGAAUCUGGUUGUCCCGGGUCCUGAGGCCCCUCUCGUGGACGGGAUUCAGGGAUAUUUCCAGGCUGUCGGAAUCAGAUGCUUCGGUCCCUCGAAAGCUGCCGCGCGCAUGGAAGGUUCCAAGGCCUUCUCCAAGGACUUCAUGAAGCGCCACGAUAUCCCAACCGCUGCGUACGAGAAUUUCACCGAGUACGAGGCUGCCCGUCAAUAUCUUGAAUCCGUGUCUCACAGUGUCGUCAUCAAAGCUAGCGGCCUUGCUGCUGGAAAAGGUGUUAUCAUUCCUACAACGAAGGAGGAAGCCCACCAGGCUCUCCGGGAGAUCAUGUUGGAUCACCAGUUCGGCGCGGCCGGUGAUGAGGUUGUGAUUGAGGAGUUCCUCGAGGGUGAUGAGCUGAGCAUUCUUACCUUCAGCGAUGGUUACACCAUCAAGUCUCUGCCUCCCGCACAGGAUCAUAAGCGCAUUUUCGAUGGCGACCAAGGGCCAAACACUGGCGGAAUGGGGUGCUAUGCUCCCACCCGGAUUGCCUCGAAGGAGGUUCUGGAGGAAGUCGAUCGUACCAUUGUGCAGCCUAGCAUCAAUGGAAUGAGAAAAGAAGGAUUUCCUUUUGUCGGUAUCCUCUUUACCGGUCUCAUGAUGACCAAGAAUGGUCCCAAGGUUCUCGAAUACAAUGUCCGUGGCGGGGACCCGGAGACACAAACUCUGCUUCCCCUGCUGAGUGACGAUACCGACUUGGCCGAAGUCAUGGUUGCUUGUACGGAACACUGGCUUGAUGGUGUCACCAUCAAGGUUGAACCCAAGUUCUCUGCAACUGUCAUCGGUGUUGCAGGCGGAUAUCCCGGAUCAUAUGCCAAGGGCAAGACCAUCACUAUUGACGCAACCCCGGCAGAGACUUUGAUUUUCCACGCUGGAACUACGCUGGAUGGCGGUGAAUUGAAGACGUCUGGCGGUCGUGUCAUUGCAUCCACUUCAACUGCCUCCACCCUAGAAGAGGCAGUCAAGAAGAGCUAUGCUGGAAUUUCGACUAUUCACUUUGAGGGCAUGUUCUACCGCAAGGAUAUUGCACACCGGGCUUUCCGGGAGACUGCUUCCCAGGAUGGUCUUACCUACGCGGCCGCUGGUGUCUCGAUUGACGCCGGAAACGAUCUUGUGAACAAGAUCAAGAGCUCCGUGGCGCGCACCAAGCGUCCCGGCACCGACGCCGUCAUCGGUGGAUUCGGUGGCCUCUUCUCGCUGGCCGCAGCUAACUCGGCCUACCACGCGGAGUCUCCUACCCUUAUCGGAGCUAUCGACGGCGUGGGAACCAAGUUGAAAAUCGCACACACCAUGGGCAUCCACGACACCGUCGGUAUCGACCUUGUCGCCAUGAACGUGAACGACCUUGUGGUUCAGGGUGCAGAGCCCCUGUUUUUCCUUGACUGCUACUCCUGCGGAAAACUCGAUGUCCCCACCGCCGCGUCGUUUGUCACCGGCGUUGCGGAUGGCUGCGUUCAGGCCGGAUGUGCCCUCAUCGGCGGCGAAACCGCCGAGAUGCCUGGUCUAUUCAUUGACGAGACCUAUGAUGCCGUCGGUGCUGCCGUCGGAGCGAUCAACACCACGGGACCCAACGCCCGGAAGAUUCUCCCCGACACCUCCGCCAUGAAGGAGGGAGAUGUCCUCCUUGCCCUGGCCUCUUCCGGCCCUCACUCCAACGGAUACUCCCUCGUCCGCAAGGUCGUCGAACGCUCGGGUCUUAGCUUCCACGACCCCGCUCCUUUCACCAUGCCUUCCUUCUCCUCUUCCUCUUCUUCUUCUUCUUCUUCCUCCACCACCUCUCCCACCCUCGGCAGUGCCCUGCUAACCCCGACACGCAUCUACGUCAAGCCCAUCCUGAAGGCUCUGGCAGUUCCUUCGUCGACCAGCGCCUCAUCGCUCGCCAUCAAGGGCCUCGCCCACAUCACCGGCGGCGGUCUUGUCGAAAACGUGCCGCGCAUGCUUCCGCAAUCCCUCACUGCAGUCAUCGACGCGUCCGCCUGGCAGCUGCCGCCCGUGUUCGCCUGGCUCAAGAAGACCGGCAACGUCAGUGCGACGGAAAUGGCGCGCGCCUUCAACUGUGGCGUGGGGAUGGUCAUCGUCGUCGACCAGGGCAGCGAGGCCGCCGUCCGCUCCCUCUUCGAAGCCGAGGGCGAGACAGUCUACCAGGUCGGAACCCUCCGGGCUAGAAAGGCUGGCGAGGAAGGCUGUGUCGUUGACAAGCUCGCGACCUGGGAUCUUUAAAGCAUGUGUUAUGAAUCCUUCACUGUUUAUACAACCUGUUUUUGGGUUUGGUUUUUUCUUUCUGUCUCCUUUUUUUUAUACUUUAUUGGUUGGUUCAGUUAUGAUAACUAGGAAAUAAGGUGCCAAAAGUCAAGAGUUUCUUACAAUUCAUCUGAAAUGGUACUGACUGUACACUUAUUAUAAAUGUAGAGAAUCAGUAUAUCCUGGUAUCAAUCGGGAAGAUCCCGUAUCCAUAGUCCUACAUAGAUGAUACUACAGAGGGUCUAGAUGAAUAGAGAAAAUACUACUUUCGACAGCAUUCCAGAGUCUGUCCAGAGAAGAUGAGCCAGGUAACCAGGGGUAAACCGAUGAAGUUAAAAGAGAAGCCACAUCUGAGCGCCGAAUACUGAAUGAAAUGAAAGAAAUAGCUUUCACCAGACUUUGCCGGAACACAUGUACACCGUUCUCUUCACUCCCAUCAUUUGAUUCUUUUCAUCUCCCGACACCGCCUCGCUCCC